AUUUACACUGUCUGUAGGGGGCAGUAAUGAGCCUCACAUUUGGAUGUCAAGCUUGAAAGUAGGAGUGGGAACCACCGAGCAAAUGAAAUACUUCCGCCUUCAAAACUAUGGCGGCUCAAACUGAGUUGUUAACAGCGGCCGUUAGUGAUGGCCCUGCUUUCCCUCCGGUGGCUUUGUCCGCGGACGCCGCCCCGUUCACCCCUCUCGGGACGGACGGGUGGCGGCUUGGCUCCCCGUCGGACGUGGAGAAACAGUUUUCCCGCUGCGCCGCGAAGCUCCGAGCCCUCCGAGCUGACUCAGUCCAGCUGAGAGAGGAGCUCAACCUGCUGCUAGACCAGCUCCUGUCAGAGAACUACAACAAAGCCUUCGAGCCUGACAUCAACAUCCGACCUGAGGACGUGUGCAGUCUGCUGAAACAUGUCAGCUGUCUUGUGCCGCUGAGUCAAGAACAUUUAGUCAUCAAACUCUGCCAGCUAAUACAUCAUCUACUCAAUCAGCUAAAGGUAAUAAUGGAUGAGCGGACAUUGGAUGUAUUGGUGAACUAUACCGUCAGUGCACUGAAAGAGUGCAGUACGUGGACGCACUCAGAUGUUCUCCUGGCACUCUCCACAGUAGUAUAUAGGAAUGGACCACAGUGCCACCAGCACCUCAGUGACUUGCUGGGUGAAGAGGGAGUCCUCCUGCUGUAUAGUUCUCCAUCUCAGCCAAAUAUGGAGUUACGCCAUGUUGCUCUUACCUGUAUGGCCAACAUCUGUCUCAGGAUCCCCGGUCAGCCACUUUUGGAUGAACAAUACAGAAGUGUAUCUUUCAGAGUCUUCCUGACAACACUGCAGUCACCCAAACCUCCUGACACUGAUGAGCUCUUCCACUGCACGGAGAUCCAGGCAGCACUGAAGGGACUUCAGUGUUGUCUCUCAGGUGGGAAGUGGAAAUAUGGUGGAGAGGAGCUUGGGUCUGUACUGGCUGCACUUAAGAGACUCAUGUUCCAGGGAACUCCAGGUGUGAGUGUCGAGUGGCCGACUGUGCUUUACCCAGCACCUCUUCCUCAAUACGAGGGUGUCUCUGCACCAAAAGUCGCCGAACCACCAAAACCUUCCGAGCCGCCAAAGGAUGCCGCUGUGCCAGGCAAAACCUCAGGGAAUAAAAAGAGGAAACCCAGAGGAAAGGGGAAGAAGACGAGCACUGAAGAGAGCAGAGGGGAUGAUGGAGAGGAAGAUGAUCGAGAGGCAGUGCCUGCACUUCAGAAAGGAGGGGGCAGAGAGGGAGGCAGAAGCGAGGGAGAGUCCUUGUCUAAACCCUCUGGCCCUUCUCUCUACCCGUCCUGGAAAAGAGCCAGUUCUGACUCAGAGUUUUCCGACCCAGAAGGCAGUGCACAGAGCAAAUUGAGGCUCUACCACGGUCGUGUGCGCCAGGGAGCACUGCACUGUCUGGUAACGGUUGUGAAAGGUGUGGAGAAGAGGACUCUGUACGGUUACUGGUCCUCCUUCAUCCCUGACGCUCCUAUUGGGGGGCCGCCACCUCUCAAUCUCCUCACAAUUAUCCUGAAAGACCCCUCGCCAAAGGUGCGUGCGUGUGCGCUUCAGGUGUUGUCGGCCAUGCUGGAUGGCUCACGUCAGUUCCUGGCUGUGGCUGAAGAUACGGCGUCUCCUCGUACAUCUUACACCCCUUUCUCCUUCUCACUGGCCACUGGCGUCAGAGAACUGCACCGCACUCUCAGUCUGGCUCUGCUGGCCGAGACCUCCCCUCAGACGCUCACACAGGUCAUAAAGUGUCUGGCCUACCUGGUGGCGAACGCUCCCUACCACCGUCUCAGACCUGGUCUGCUCAGUCCGCUCUGGAAGCAGAUGCAUACCUAUGUGCGCCACAGAGACGUGAAUGUUCGUGUGUCAGUCCUGACCCUUUAUGGGGCUCUGGUGACGACUCAGGCUCCUCUCCCUGAGGUCCAGCUCCUUCUCCGACAGCCGGAGGGCAGCAGCAGCACCGGCUCACUCACGCCGCAGGACUCGGCUCUCAGCUGGAGACAAAGAGACGGAGUGUCCUCACCCUCUCGCACACCAGUCAAACCCUUCCUGCGGAGCUCGCGCACACACUCCCCUCACGUUCCUCGCACACCGGAGGAAAAGGACAGCUCCCCACCGUGGCUGUUGCAGCUGUGUGUGUCGCUAGUGACUCAGCCUAGAGAGGACCAAUCAGACAGCGAGGGAGCGGGAACAGGAGGAGGUGCUGCUUUAGAGCCCUCCCCUGUCCGACUAGAAGCUCUACAGGUCAUGUCCCACCUGGUGCGUGGCUACUUCUCUCUAGCCCAAUCAUGUCUGUGUGAGAUCGGGCAGGUGAGCGCUCGCUGCCUUGGGGAGACAGACCCCUCUAUACAACUGCACGGAACAAAGUUACUAGAGGAGUUGGGGACAGGAAUAAUCCAGCAGUACAGAGCAGAGAACAACGUGGCUGAGAGUUUGAGGGUCCCCACAAGCCAAGUGGUGCUGUUUUGGUCAGAAGUCUUGAGUGGUCCGCUGAACGGAGCGCUGCAGAGCGAACAACAUCCCACACUGCAGACGAGCGCCUGCGACACGCUCGCCUCCAUCCUGCCGCAGGCCUUCGCACAGCUGCCUGACAAGACCCAGCUGAUGUGCAUCACUGUGCUGCUAGGGCUGACUUACAGUGAAAGCUAUCUGGUAAAGACCGCAGCCGUCAGGGCUUUGGGAGUCUACAUUAUGUUCCCCAAUCUGAGAGAGGAUGUGAUGUUCGUGGCGGAUACGGCAAACACAAUCCUCGCUGCCUUAGAUGAUCGAUCUCCAAAUGUCCGCGCCAAAGCUGCCUGGUCCCUAGGCAACCUCACAGACACACUUAUUGUUAAUAUGGAGAGUGUAGGUGUGGACUUCCAAGAAGAGUUAUCAGACAUGCUGCUGCUCAAGAUGUUGCAGGCAGCCACCCGAGCAUCAGCCGACAAAGACCGGGUGAAGUCUAAUGCUGUGCGAGCACUCGGGAAUCUGCUUCAUUUCCUGCGUCAGAGUCAGCUGACCCGGUCUGCGUUCCAACGCCCGCUGGAAGACGCAGUCUGUGCUCUGGUUAAAACUGUCCAAUCAGAGGCCACUAUGAAGGUCAGAUGGAAUGCAUGUUACGCCUUGGGAAAUGCAUUCAGAAACCCAGCCCUGCCGCUCGACUCAGCCUCGUGGUCUUGUGACGCGUUCUCCUCCCUCUGCCAUGUUGUUACUUCCUGUAAGAACUUCAAAGUGCGGAUCAAGUCUGCCGCUGCCCUGGCAGUUCCCGCCAACCGCAGCUGCUAUGGGGACUCGGAGCGGUUCAGCCGUGUGUGGCGUUCUCUGGCCAUAGCACUCGAGAACAGCGAAGACACAAACGACUUCUUAGAGUAUCGCUACUGCGCCAGCCUGCGACACACGCUCUCACAAGCUCUCCUACACCUGCUCAGCGUGAGCCAGUCGCAGGACAUGCCCACCCUCGGGGCAUCGCUGGAUGGGGAGGAGGGGAGAGGCAUCAAAGAGCAUUUGAUAAAAUAUCUCAGAGCGGAGGAAGGAGCAGGAGAGGGGGCAGAGGGAGAGAAAGAUGCGGGAGGGGACAGUUUUACCCCUCAACAGAGAAUUGGAGGUCUGCAGCAGACGUUGAACCGACUGAAGGAGUUGGAGGCUGAAGGGGAGGGACGGGGAGAGGAGGAGAGAGGUAAAGACGUGGUGGUUGAUUUCCUGGAGGAUUUGCUAAAGACCUGUGAAGAGCUGUAAAGAGUCUCAUUUCCAGCUUCAGUGCCAGGUUUAAGAAAACUAUCUAGGAUCACCAAGACUGCUCUCUCAGGCUGGACAGAUCAGAGCAGGCCAGUCGGAGGAGAAACAUACAGCCACAAACUAACUGGUGAUUGCAAAGAUUAUAUAACCAGCUUUGUCAUAGUCAAGGAACCACAAGACUGUUUGGAAAAACUCAAGGCCAUUUAGGAAUGUUUUUUUUUUCUUAUUAUGUACAUUUAAAGAUAUUUUACAGUGGCUUUUCUAUCUUUAUAUUUAUCUAAUUGCACUUGCACUCUUAUGAAUUAACACCUGAUAUACAAAGACUUGUAGUGAAAUUAUGGAAAUUUAUUGUUUGUCGACUUUCGUCGGGAAUCCUAUUGUGAUGAACCUGUUGACAAAAUUAUGUUGUCCAACUUAAUAAAGAUGAGAAAAAAUA